AAGGCUUGGCACGGCCGUGCAGGCUCUUCUAAGCCCUUUUCUUCUAUAUUGCUCCUUUCCUUGGCUUCUUUCUACUAUCUUCUUGCUUCUAACCUCGGUUUAAUAUCCAUGAGCUUCAUUUGGUCGUCUUUAAACCUAGAAUCUCAACAAAAAAACACCAACAACCCAUAAAGCACGGUGAAACUCCAUCCCAACACACUAGUCUAGCAAAGCAUUACAAGUGAACAACACAAAUUUAAUGUGUAAAAUUACAAAUUUGCCAUUAGAUGAACAAAAAUUACUUGGAAUUUAUUAACAAGAUGACUCCUCCCCCACCCACGACAAACACAAAAGAAAAAUAAAAGGAGGCCAGCAUCAGUAUCAGCAGCCUUGUAUUUUCCCUCCCAUUGAAGUCUGGGUGUCUGCACUUCGCCAAUCAUCGGCGUCAACGGCAAUACCAUCAGCUUCGUCAAGGGCUAGCUUACAGGCAUGUAUGGGAAAAUAACUCAAAUAUAUAUUUCAACAAAAAUCGACUCUACUGAAAGCCAACUGAUAUGAUCGUUGAUUUUCUCGUGGAAAAGGAGUACAUGACCUGCCUUCUUUCUGAACGAAGCUUAGGCUAGCUUAUGCAAUAUGCCUUAUCCAUAUUGGUAGUUAAAUGUCCUUGAAUAUGCAUGCGACUGCCUUGCAGAGAAGUGCUACAUCAUUGUAAUUAACUAUUCCCUAUGUCUCUUAUGCAACCUGUUCACUUAUGGAACAAUUAUUAUGGAAAUAGAAAAAUGGAAGAUGGUCAGGUCUAGGUCCAACAUUUAUCUUAAAUGAAGUGAAAGAUCCCUGUACGCAGAACGGGAAGUGUAUUUUGUGACAUUCCAGUAAGGUAAAUGGGAACUUAAUGUUGGGACUGAGGGAGAACUUCUUAGAGCCAGAAGGAAAAUCUUGUAUAGCUUUUUUUCACUGGCCACAGACAUGGACACGGAAGGACAGCAAAUGAUUUGUGAAAGUACUCCACAGGCCAUACAAAUUGACCCUAAAAGAGCUCGAUUUCCUUUCUGUAUCGUAUGGACACCUCUUCCUGUUAUUUCAUGGUUGAUUCCUUUUAUAGGUCAUAUUGGCAUUUGCAGAGAGGAUGGCGUAAUUUUGGACUUUGCAGGCCCCAACUAUGUAUGUGUCGACAAUUUUUCCUUCGGCUCAGUGACUCGAUACCUACAGAUAGAUGCAAAGCUAUGCCGUGCAAUUUCCGUCUUGGCUUCCCGUAGAAAUGGAGACCAACAGAAUCCAAGUGAAUCUGAUGGAGAGAUUUUUCCUUGGGAUGAUGCACUUCGAAAAAGCACACUAGAAUUCCAACACCAUUCGUACAAUAUCUUGACUUGCAACUGUCACUCUUUUGUGGCAAACAAUCUAAAUCGCCUGGGUUUCAAUGGUGGCAGGUGGAAUGUGGUUAGUCUUGCAGUACUGAUUCUCUUGAAGGGUAGGUGGGUGGACAGAGGUUCCAUCAUAAAAUCUUACUUGCCCUUUCUUAUUGUAUUUCCUUUGGGUCUUGUUCUUGGAGGCUGGUCUUUUCUGAAAUUUUGGGCUAUGUUUAUGAUUAUCCUUGUUGGUUGGUUUUUAAUUGGAUCAUAUUUUUUUAAGGCUUUAAUCCAGUUGUGAAACUUAAUACUUGUAUUUUUGUAUCUGAACAUUCUGUCAAGUUCUUGUUUACCUUGUUAAAUGUACAGAAACGACCAUGUAAUAGAGGAAAAAGUUUCACCAGUUAAUGCUACUGCUGAUUUGCGUGUA